AUGGACGGAUUCUUAGUUGACUUUUUAAUGGGUGGUGUUUCCGCCGCUGUCUCCAAGACUGCAGCAGCCCCAAUUGAAAGAGUCAAAUUAUUGAUUCAAAAUCAAGAAGAAAUGAUCAAACAAGGUCGUUUAGCAAGACCAUAUGAUGGUAUUACUGAAUGUUUCAAGAGAACUGCUGCUGAAGAAGGUAUCUCUUCUUUCUGGAGAGGUAACACUGCUAAUGUUAUCAGAUACUUCCCAACCCAAGCUUUGAACUUUGCUUUCAAGGAUAAGUUCAAGGCCAUGUUCGGUUUCAAAAAGGACGAGGGUUACUGGAAAUGGUUAGCUGGUAACUUGGCUUCAGGUGGUUUGGCUGGUGCCACUUCCUUGGCUUUCGUUUACUCUUUGGAUUAUGCCAGAACCAGAUUGGCUAAUGAUGCCAAGUCUUCGAAGGGUAAUGGUGAGAGACAAUUCAAGGGUUUAUUGGAUGUUUACAAGCAGACUUUAGCUUCUGACGGUAUUGCUGGUUUGUACAGAGGUUUCGGUCCAUCUGUUGCAGGUAUCAUUGUCUACAGAGGUUUAUACUUCGGUUUGUACGAUUCCUUAAAGCCUGUUGUCUUAAUUGGUCCAUUAGAGGGUUCUUUCCUUGCUUCUUUCUUGUUAGGUUGGACUGUUACCACUGGUGCUUCUACCGCUUCUUACCCAUUAGAUACUGUUAGAAGAAGAAUGAUGAUGACUUCUGGUACUGCUGUUAAAUACAAGGGUGCUUUAGACUGUUUCCAAAAAGUUGUCGCUGCUGAAGGUGUUGGUGCUUUGUUCAAAGGUUGUGGUGCUAACAUUUUGAGAGGUGUCGCUGGUGCAGGUGUUAUUUCCAUGUACGAUCAAUUGCAACUUAUCAUGUUCGGUAAAAAAUUCAAGUGA